AUGAAACGCUGUAUUGCUCUCUGUUUGAUAAUUGUAGGCAUGAUUGCAUCAGAACAUGUCUUUCACAGAAAUUCCAAACCCUUGGUUCUGCGAAGGCUCGAUUGUGUCGCUGAACACCCUUCCUAUAUGAAAAUGUUGCAGUGCAUUUUAGAGAGCCCUCGUCAUUCGCCGCAAUUAAUUAGCAUUGCCGUAAACGUCAAACAGGCUCUUUCUAAGAUAUAUCUCAGCACGAACGUGUACGUGAAACAACGUCAAAGUAUGAUGUUUGUUUACGGUACAACGUUUGAGUACUGCGAGUUUUUAAUGCACAAUGAAUCUCGUCAAGCGAAUCCCGUAGCGGUUCUCGUCUACAACUAUGCCAAACACAACGUCCCACAAAUAUUAAAACCCUGCCCAUUGUCGGGAAUCUUUAACGUGAGCGGUUUGCGCGUAGAUAAGAACCUGAUACCACCGUUCGUAACACCCGGUGUGUACUUUGCAUCACAAAGAUUGUUCAACAAACGAAACGAAACGUUGUUCGAGUACGAAACAGAGUUUGCCGUUUCUGCACCUUCAAUAUUUAACAGAACUAUGGCAUUGUUCUCACUGAAGUAA